UUGUCAUCAAAUUCCGUAAUUACAUCCCCAAAUCUAGGGCUUUUUGUAAUUUCCUCUUAUUUAAUCCAAAACGCUUACUCUUCCUUAAUUAUUCCAUUUUCUUUACAAAAACAAAUUAAAUAAUCGAACUUAACGAGUAAAGAUUGUCACCUCAAAAAAUUUUUUUUUUUUAAGAGAGUUAAUACCAUCCCUAAGGAACAGGGAAGAGGAAAAAAAGAAAGAAAAAGAAAAGCUGCUUUCAUAAACAAAGCAAACGGGAGGUUUAAUCUCUUCUUCAAGAAUAUAUAUUAAAAAUCUUUGUUGAAGAGAUUUAAGCUUCUUUUUUUUUUAUAUUGUUUAUUGCUUUGUUUUUCGUUUGGAAUUCUUUUGUAGUGUAAAUCGUUUAGAACAAUAGACCAGUUCAAAUCUUUUUCUCUGUUGAAUAUUGUAUUGAAUGAUCAUUGCUCAACGCCUUGGAGGAGUAGAUCCAGAAGCAAACCAAGUUUCUGAUCCGAUUAAUCUUGGUCAAGGAUAAGAAUGGCUGCCACAACUAGUCUUGUAGUUGGAUCUCUUGUCUGGGUGGAAGAUCCUGACGAUGCUUGGAUCGAUGGUGAAGUUGUGGAGGUUAAAGGCGAAGAUAUUAAAGUCCUAUGCACUUCAGGGAAGACGGUGGUUGUUAAAGCUUCAAAUGUCUAUCCUAAAGAUGCUGAGGUCCCACCUUGUGGAGUAGAUGAUAUGACAAAGCUGGCUUAUUUGCAUGAACCGGGUGUGCUCCAGAAUUUACGAUCAAGAUAUGAUAUGAAUGAAAUAUAUACAUAUACAGGAAAUAUAUUGAUUGCUGUAAACCCAUUCAGAAGACUACCUCAUCUUUAUGAUAGCCAUAUGAUGGCACAAUAUAAGGGGGCAGCCUUUGGUGAAUUGAGUCCACAUCCCUUUGCUGUAGCAGAUGCUGCAUACAGAUUAAUGAUGAAUGAGGGAAUUAGUCAGUCGAUUUUGGUCAGUGGUGAAAGUGGGGCUGGUAAAACAGAAAGCACAAAAUUGCUUAUGAGAUAUCUUGCUUACAUGGGGGGUAGAGCUGCUGCUGAGGGAAGAACAGUUGAGCAGCAAGUUCUAGAGUCAAACCCUGUUUUAGAAGCAUUUGGUAAUGCGAAGACUGUUAGGAACAACAACUCAAGUCGCUUUGGUAAGUUUGUGGAGAUUCAAUUUGAUCGAAGUGGAAGGAUUUCAGGAGCUGCAAUCAGAACUUAUUUGCUAGAAAGAUCACGAGUUUGUCAAGUGUCUGAUCCUGAGAGAAAUUAUCACUGUUUCUACAUGCUUUGUGCUGCACCACCAGAGGAUAUUCAGCGGUUUAAAUUAGGAAACCCGAGAACGUUUCACUAUCUGAACCAAUCUAAUUGUUAUGAGUUGGAUGGCGUUGAUGAGUCUAAGGAAUAUGCUGCAACGAGGAGGGCAAUGGAUGUUGUUGGAAUAAGUUCUGAUGAGCAGGAUGCCAUAUUCCGUGUUGUGGCUGCAAUUCUUCAUCUUGGGAACAUUGAAUUUGCCAAAGGGAAGGAAAUAGACUCAUCAGUACCUAAAGAUGAAAAAUCUCGGUUUCAUCUGAGGACUGCAGCUGAGCUUUUUGAGUGCGACGAAAAGUUACUAGAAGAUUCUCUUUGUAAGCGCGUAAUCGUAACUCGUGACGAAACCAUUACAAAAUGGCUGGACCCAUUAUCUGCUGCGCUUAGUAGAGAUGCUUUGGCUAAAACUGUGUACUCGAGGUUGUUUGACUGGAUUGUGGAUAAGAUCAAUAGUUCAAUUGGUCAAGAUCCUGACUCAAAGUACUUAAUUGGGGUGCUGGAUAUUUAUGGAUUUGAGAGUUUCAAGACUAACAGUUUUGAGCAAUUCUGCAUUAAUUUGACAAAUGAGAAGUUGCAGCAGCAUUUCAACCAGCACGUCUUCAAAAUGGAGCAAGAAGAGUAUACAAAAGAAGAAAUUAAUUGGAGCUACAUUGAAUUUGUUGAUAAUCAGGAUGUUCUUGACCUCAUUGAAAAGAAACCAGGUGGCAUAAUUGCUCUUCUAGAUGAGGCUUGCAUGUUUCCAAGAUCAACCCAUGAAACUUUUGCUCAGAAGCUGUACCAGACAUUUAAAAACCAUAAGCGGUUCAGCAAGCCCAAAUUGUCUCGUAGUGAUUUCACCAUUUGCCAUUAUGCUGGUGAUGUCACUUAUCAAACCGAGUUGUUCCUGGACAAGAACAAAGAUUAUGUUGUAGCUGAACAUCAGGCCCUUUUGAAUGCUUCAAAAUGUUCCUUUGUUUCUAGUUUAUUUCCACCUUUAGCAGAGGAAUCUUCCAAAUCGUCAAAAUUCUCUUCAAUAGGUUCUCGAUUUAAGCAACAAUUACAAGCAUUACUUGAAACUCUCAGUUCCACUGAGCCACAUUACAUACGUUGUGUAAAGCCCAAUAAUCUUCUUAAGCCAUCAAUAUUUGAGAAUAAAAAUGUUCUACAACAACUACGAUGUGGGGGGGUUAUGGAGGCUAUCAGGAUUAGCUGUGCUGGAUAUCCUACUAGAAAACAAUUUGAUGAAUUUGUGGACCGAUUUGGUCUUCUUGCACCUGAAGUUUUGGAUGGAAGUUCUGAUGAGGUUGCUGCGUGCAAAAAGCUUCUAGAGAAGGUCGGGCUUCAAGGCUAUCAGAUUGGUAAGACAAAGGUUUUUCUUAGGGCUGGUCAGAUGGCUGAUCUGGAUACCCGUAGGAUUGAAGUCUUAGGAAGAUCUGCUAGCAUUAUUCAGAGGAAAGUUCGUUCUUAUUUAGCUCGCAGAAGUUUCAUUGUGCUUCGCCGAUCUGCAUUACAGAUUCAAUCUGUCUGCAGAGGGCAACUUGCUCGCAAAGUGUUUGAAGGCAUGAGAAGAGAAGCAGCCAGUUUAAGGAUCCAGAGAGAUUUGCGCAUGCAUCUUGCUAGGAAAGCUUAUAAAGAAUUGUUCUCCUCUGCUGUUUCCAUUCAGACAGGCAUGCGGGGGAUGGCUGCUCGCAAUGAGUUACGCUUCAGAAGGCAGACCAGAGCAGCUAUUAUAAUUCAGAGCCAAUGUCGCAAGUUCUUGAUCCGGUUGCAUUAUCUGAAGUUGAAGAAAGCAGCAAUUGCAACACAAUGUGCAUGGAGAGGAAGAGUAGCUCGUAAAGAACUGCGGAAGCUUAAGAUGGCUGCUAGGGAGACGGGAGCUCUGCAAGCUGCAAAGAACAAACUGGAAAAGCAAGUUGAGGAACUGACAUGGAGAUUACAACUGGAGAAACGAAUGAGGGUUGACCUGGAAGAAGCUAAAACACAAGAAAAUGCAAAACUGCAGUCUGCUUUGCAAGACAUACAACUUCAGUUUAAAGAAACUAAAGAAUUGCUUGCCAAGGAACGUGAGGCUGCCAAAAAGGCAGCUGAGGUAGUCCCUAUAAUUCAGGAGGUUUCGGUGGUGGACCCUGUGAUGUUGGAGAAGCUUACAAAUGAGAAUGAAAAACUGAAGGCAUUAGUGAGUUCGUUGGAAAAGAAAAUUGAUGAAACAGAGAAAAAGUUUGAAGAGACAAGCAAAAUAAGUGAAGAAAGGUUGAAACAAGCUUUGGAUGCCGAAUCAAAAAUAGUUCAGUUGAAGACUGUUAUGCACAGUCUUGAAGAAAAGAUUUCAGACAUUGAAUCUGAAAACCAAGUUUUGAGGCAGCAAACCCUAUUAAAUUCGCCUGCUAAGAAGGUUUCACAGCUUCCACCAAUUCCAGUCUUUCCGAAUUUGGAAAAUGGUCACCAUAUGGAUGAAUUGAACAAAUCAAAUGAACCAGAGAGUGCGACUCCAGUGAAGAAGGCUGGUGCAGAAUCUGAUGGCAGGUUGCGAAGAUCCAAUCUUGAACGUCAACAUGAGAAUGUUGAUGCACUGGUCAAUUGCGUUUCAAAAGACAUUGGGUUCAGUCAAGGGAAACCUGUUGCAGCAUUUACCAUAUAUAAAUGUCUUCUCCACUGGAAAUCUUUUGAAGCAGAAAGGACCAGUGUGUUUGAUCGUCUUAUUCAGAUGAUUGGUUCUGCAAUUGAGAAUGAAGAAAACAAUGGUCAUAUGGCAUAUUGGUUGUCCAACACAUCAACUUUACUGUUUUUGCUCCAAAAAAGUCUUAAAGCUGCUGGUUCAAGUGGCGCAACUCCAAGUCGGAAGCCAACUGCUGCAACCUCUCUGUUUGGAAGGAUGACAAUGGGUUUCCGCUCAUCUCCUUCUUCCAACAAUCUUGCUGCUGCUGCUGCACUUGCAGUAGUUCGCCAAGUAGAGGCCAAAUAUCCUGCUUUACUUUUCAAGCAGCAACUUGCAGCAUAUGUGGAAAAAAUCUAUGGAAUCAUUAGGGACAACUUGAAGAAAGAGUUAUCAUCUUUGCUUGCUCUAUGCAUCCAGGCUCCGAGAACAUCUAAGGGAAGUGUACUACGAUCUGGGCGGUCUUUUGGCAAAGAUUCUGCUUCAACUCACUGGCAAAGCAUUAUUGAUAGCCUCAACACCCUCCUAAGUACUUUGAAAGAAAAUUUUGUGCCUUCUGUUCUUAUCCAGAAGAUUUAUACUCAAACAUUUUCAUACAUCAAUGUACAAUUGUUUAAUAGCCUCCUCCUACGCCGUGAGUGUUGUACGUUUAGCAAUGGAGAAUAUGUCAAGGCUGGGUUAGCCGAGUUAGAGCUUUGGUGCUGCCAAGCAAAAGAAGAGUUCGCUGGGUCAUCGUGGGAUGAACUUAAGCACAUAAGGCAGGCUGUUGGAUUCUUGGUUAUACAUCAGAAGUACAGAAUUUCAUAUGAUGAAAUUACAAAUGAUCUCUGCCCUAUUCUUAGUGUACAGCAGUUAUACAGAAUAUGUACGUUGUACUGGGAUGACAAUUACAAUACUCGAAGUGUUGCUCCAAAUGUUAUUUCCAGCAUGAGGGUACUAAUGACAGAGGAUUCCAAUGAUGCUGCUAGCAGUUCCUUUUUAUUGGACGACAAUUCCAGCAUCCCCUUCUCUGUCGAUGACCUUUCCAAUUCGCUUCAAGAGAAAGACUUCUUGGAAGUCAAACCAGCAGAGGAACUUCUUGAGAAUCCAGCCUUCCAAUUUUUACACGAGUAAGGCCUAGGGAGCUUAGAUGCAUGCUUCCCGUCGUUAUCGAGUCAAGGUCAGCAAUGUGGACUUAGAUACACUUGCCGAUUCAUUGGUUGUUGUAAAUUCAAUUCAUUUACCCCUCUUCAUAUAUAUAUAUAUGAUAUAUAUAUAUUUGAAUACAUCGAUCUCCGAUUGUGAUAUGUUUCUAUUGGUUUAUUAUUUUUUGACAAUUCAAAUUGUAAAAGCUGACGUUGAGUCUGGGCACGUAUUUGUUUGAUUGAUCUGGGCUCUUUUUUAUUUUUAUAUUGCUUUAUUCUUCUGCCAUAAAGGGGCAGUUUUUUUUUUCAUCGUUUUUUAGUUUGGAAGGUAAGGAAGGUGUAAUGAACAGUAUCAUUAUAGUCGAUGGCUGAGAUGUGGAUCCCAGACCCAGUUUUUGAUGUAAAAAGAAACCCAGUACGGAUACGUACAACAUAUAUAUAGUUGAAAAAGAUUAUUAUCA